AUGCGGCGAGGGGGCAACGACACUUGGGCGCCCCGCCCCACGCACACGGCCACCACUCCGCGCUCGCAGCGGUCCACAGCCACCACGCCGCGCUCCACGCGCUCCGGCUCGGCCGCGCAAGGGACCAUCCUCGUCAACCUCGACGUGUACAUCCACCGGGCCAACAUCGGCCGCGACAUCAGCCCGAACGACGAGGACCUGAUCGUGCUCUUCCGCCGCAACAGCAAGGAAGUCACGUCCGAGCCCGCGCACUGGAGCGCCGAGCACUGCGCCGUGUGGAACCAGCACGUUGGCAUCCAGACAUCGCUACUGCGCCACAAGAAGGCGGGCGGCGCGCCCAACGAGUUCCUCAAGAAGGAGUACGAGAUCGUGCUCGUGGCGCUGCCGAGUCAUUCCGCUGUCGCACUCUUCUCGUUGGACUUCGCGACGCUCGUGCAGCUCGGCGCCAGCCCGCAGGACCGACGUAAAUCCUUCCGCAUCUCGCCACUCAAGUGUCGGGACCUGGCGGCCACGCUUGAGUUUGACAUUACGUGGGACUUGGUCCAGUCGCCAAACAACUCGCAGGUGAACUCCAGCUCCUCCAACACCAACACCAACAUGAUGAUGCAUUCGACCCCCGCGUCGGGGCUGGCCGGGCUGCCUCCGUCCUCCACUCUGCUCAACAAGAGCUCGCAGCAGGCUUCGAAGUCACAGGCACCCAAGGCACAGACGCCGCGGUCCCGCGAGGCGAACAGGUCUCGACGCACCGCUAACGAUUCGAGUCGACGAACGACGACGAGUCUCAGCUCGGCCGGCAGCGAGCGUGACCUGCUGGAGGAGCUCUCAUCCUCGACAUGCAACAACUGCCGCUCUGCCAAGCGGAGACUUGACCGCAAGGAGGUGCAGGUGCUGCAGCUCGAGUCGUUCCUGAAAGAGUCGCAGAAGCGCAUCGACGCGCUGUCGGCGGAGAACGAGGAGCUGGUAAUUCGUGAAAAGGCUGAGACGCGCAACGCGGCGCAACAGCGCGCUCUGAGUCUGCGUUUGCUGCAGGAGCUUGAGACAGCUGUGCAGUUGUGCAACAGCCAGGUGCAGGUUCAGGAUAUGACGUUGUUGCCCCAACGCGAGCUCAUUGAGCGCGUGAAGAAGUUCCACGAGGAGGUGGACCCGCUGCGAGGACACUCGAUGAGUUCUCGGCCCUCGCAAACUUCACGAGCGUCUCAUGGGUCGCAGUCUACCUUUGACUUCCGGGCCGAGACUGAAGCCGCGCUUCAGCGUAACCAGCGACUGCAGCAGCAACUGGAGUUCUUGGGCCGUUCGAUGGACUACGAUAGCGAAAAUAUUGAGGGAAGCACACGGACACAUCGCUCAGCCACGGAUGCAUCUGGCACUACGAUCUCGUCUGCGCAUAGUGGCAGCGUCACGGUGGAGUGCGAAGAACGCCCCAAGGCUCUCACUAUGACGCAGCAGCUGAAUAACCUAGAGCGCGAAAACUUUAAGCUGCGGGCGGAGCUCGAAGGUGCAUUGGCCAACGCUGCCAGCGCCUUGAAGAAGCACUCCGGCGGCUUUCCGUCGGGCUUGACGUCUGGCCUCUCGCUGACUGCUGAAGUGUCUGAAACCACGAGCUCCUCAAGCCGCGAUGACAUUGAAGAGCCUGAGAACGAGGACUCGGUGCUGCUCUCUCGUAUUCGCGAGCAGCACGAGUUUGAGGCAGGUAGGUCGGCAGCGCUCGAAACCGAGCUGGACAAGGCCAAGAGCGAAAUCGAGAAGCUGAAGGACCAGCUCGAAACAGCUCAGAAUGAGAGCGCGUACAGGGAGGAAAAGGCGCAGCCCCAGCAAGCUCCUGGCUUCUUGGACAAGAUCUACGCUGAUGUUGGCAAGGCCAAGCUGGUGCUGGAGGAGCGCGUCAAGCAGCUGGACGAGAUGCUUGCCAGCGCCACGGAGGAAAAUGCUCGCUUGCGCAGUGAGAUUGAAGACCUUCAGAACCAGAAGAGCAGCAGCCAUGGCCAAGCAACCUCGGCUGAGAUCGAUGAACACAUCGCGGAGCUCGAACGACUGCUGGAGUUGCGUGAAAAGGAAAAGAAGUCGAACGAGUCGGAGCUGGCUGCAACCAAGAGGCAGCUGAAGGACGCCGAAGCUCGCGCUCGCGCAGGCGAAAACGCUAAGUCUGAACUAGAGAGUGAACUCGCUGGCGUGCGUCUUACACUGAAGAUGGCGCAGGAAGCGACGACGCAGCUCGAGAACCAGUUGGCUUCGAUGUCUGCCAUUGCCCCUCCUGCUACAACGAACUCCACGUCGUUCAUUUCGCACUACUCGGCUGCAAGUGACUCGACUGCCCAGAACGACGAGCUGGCCGAGGUGCAGAAGCAGCUUAAGCUAUCCAAGCAGGAAGUCAUGCAGCUCCGAUUCCGCAGCAACCAGCUUGAAAGUGUCCACGAGCGGCUGGAAGACGCGCUCAAGGAGAAGCGCACGCUGGAGGUCAAGCUGACGGCGCUGGAGGGCCAGCUUUUCGAGCAGCGCAGUCGCACUAUUAACACGGACAACAGCAGCUUCAUCGCUCCCUCGCUAGACGCCAAGAGCUCUGCAAUGCUCACGGAGAUGCAGCGCGAGCUGGACCAAAAGUCCGCUGCCUUGAUGAUGGCGGAGCGUGAGCUUGAACGCCUGCGCGGCCCAGGCAACGGCUCGAGCGGCGAGUCCACCAGCAUCCCUGGUAACAUCGAGGACGUGACCGACAAGGUGAAGCGCUUCGAGAACGAGAUCGCGAACUUGUGCCAGCGCAACGAUGAACAAGCGAAGCGUCUCGAAAAGCUGGGAGCCCGUGUGACGGUCGCCAUCCGCGAGCGCGACGAGCUCGAAGCCAUCGUGCAGCAAAUGGUGACGGAGAUGUCACUUCUGGGCAAGAAUGUGCAGCUCCCUGGAGCAACGGCCCGCGACCACCGCACGCCUUCGAUCCCCGAGACCGAGGAGAUGGAAGAGAAGGCACCAUCGUCGCUUCCUCGCCGCGUGACGCCGCCGCCCCCGGUUCAGACCGGCAAGAUUACAGACCGCUACGCGAGCGCCGUGGCGUCCAGCACGUCCCACACGCCGAACGCGUCCACGCCUGGUGUGACGAGCAGCAAGGUGGCGCAGCUCAUGAAGAACUUCUCGGCCCAAAACAGUGACAGCGACAGCCCCGGCCCGUCUCCGAGCGGCGUGGCAUUCAAGCGCCCCACGAAGCUCGACUUCCGCAACCGCAAGGCGUCGGCUACCAGUGCGCACCGCGGCAACUAA